AUUCCCAGGCCACGUUGACUCCUGAUUCUUCUGAUACCCGCCUUCCCGUCUUUUUUCCACCUUGGUUUCCAAACCCUGGCACCCCGGCCUACUCCUCCCUUUGCCCUCUCCCCCCGAGCAGCUGCCCAGGGUUGGGUGGAGCCAUCCCCGCUCUGUUCCGUCCCCGGGAAGCCCCGACUCCCACCCGCUGUGCCCGAGGUUGCAUGGCCGGGAACGACCUGGAGCUGUGCCAACGGCAGGCGGACGAGGUGACGGAGAUCAUGCUGAACAACUACGAGCGCGUGCUGGAACGGGACGGGAAGUUGUCGGACCUGGAGCAGCGUUCGGAUGACCUAGUGAACAUGUCGGCGGCGUUCACCAAGACGACCAAGACCUUGGCUAAGAAAAAGUCUUGGGAAAAGCGGCGCUGGUGUCUCAUCGUGGGUCUGGUCGUAGGUGGGGUUGUGCUGCUGCUGACUGUGAUUUUGCUCGUGGUCUUCUUGACCCCAGGUGAAGGGGGCUGACCCCGAGCCGUGGGGGCUCCCUGGGCUGCCCUUCUCCCCAACCCACCCCACCACAGACUCCCCCCCCCACACACACACACACAUCCUGCAGUGCCUUGGAGGAUGAAGUUUUGGGUUUCAUUUUGUCCCACGCAAAAACCCGGUGGUCUCCCUCCCUGCUGCCUGUGUGCCCAGGGUGUGGAGGGACCCCCAUUACCGGGGCUGCCCGCAGUGCCUUAAAAGCUGCUGUUUGGGACAGACUGCAAGGGUGAUUUCUGCAAGUGCCUGGAGCAGGAUCCCCAUUAGUGCUCCACCAAGAAGCAUGGCCUGUGUCUUUUUUUUUUUCAGUGGCAUCUGUUAAACACUUACUAUGUGUGAGGCACUGUACUAAGCCCUGGGAUAG